AUGAUGUUACUCAGAAAAGAUACCAAUCUCCAGAUAAUGGGGUUUACUGCAGCCAUCCUAGCAUGGAUAUUUUGUAGUGUCUCCAUGGGCCUUCCUCAGUGGCGAGUAUGGUACUUUCAAGAACUCGUGGACUCCAAGCCCAGCAUGGCCUUAGUAGGAUUGUGGAGAACCUGCAUCUACCACUAUAACAACUACUCCAGCAAUGUCCGAGUAUGUCACCGAUACACCUACCAUGACUCCUUCGUCCCAUUGAGUAUUCGAGUUGCUCAACACCUGGUACUGGUCUCCAGCUUUUUUGGGAUGGCUGGGACAAUCUCUAACAUUAUUGCUCUUUGGAAACUGUACACAGAGAGGGUACAGAAGAAUACCACCUACAAUUCAUUUUUCUUCCCAGGGAUUCUGAACAUCCUUGCUAGCAGCUUUGUCCUUUUUGCUCUCUUGUAUAAUUACUUAUGCAUCAUGCGAAAUGAAGAUAUUUCCUUCCCACCAUUUUUCCACAUCCCAUCCUUCCCAUAUACCCAGAAAGCUGGCAGCGCCCUGGCAGUAGCAACUCUUGCUGCAUUCUUUUUUGUGUUAAGUGGCACAAUUUUCAUUUCUUUCACUUUUCACCCACCUAGACACUGGAGUUCAUUCUAA